UGUUUCAAUGAUGCAAAGAUCCAAUUUAGUUCAUGUUUUGGCGUCAUUAAGCAAUUUAGCUUCAACUGUAGAAGAAAAAACGUCAUUUUUAAGAAAUGCUAUUUCAUAUGAUAUUAAUUAUAUUGAAACAGAACCCUUCUCAGCUUCAAUGGAAAAUUUUUUGAAUAAUACUGGAUUGAGUUUUGCACCUGAUUUGAAGGCUAUAGCUAGUCAAUCAUGUCCAUAUUACUUGAGUAGACUUAAUUUAAAAGCAAGUUUAACAGCAUUGGAGGGAGUACUAAAUCAAGUAGAAGUGCCAAAUAAUGAAUCAUCAUCAGCUAAUAUUUUUAAUUUAUUUUUUACUGUUUUGCCUAAAAUAUUUCAAUUUUGCAGAUGUUUAACUUCAAUUUAUAUGCCCGAAUAUUCUUCUAAAGUUCAUCCAAUUUAUGGUUUGAGUAUUUUGGAAAUGGUGCCGUCUGAAAGGCAAACACUUGUUUCCUCAAUAACCUUAGAACAAGAUAGUAAUGGAGCUGAUUCUAAAAAGUUUGAAGAAUUUGAAGUUGGACAAUUCUCUAAUGGAUAUGGAAAUCAAGAAAUUGCCAUGUUUAUGAGGAAAUUUAUUGUGGAGAUCUCAGAUUUAAUUCAAAGCAUUCUUGGUUUAUUCUUCUACAAAUUUCCUUUAAAUAUUUACUCAAUAAAUAAUUCUACUGAAUUAAUUACUGGAACAUUAUAUGCAAUAGAUAAUGUACCAAAUUUUCGUUUGAGGUUUUGGUUACGGAGAGCAUGGUCCAGAAUAAUAACUUCUUGUCCUGAACAAUAUUCGAAUACAAUAAUUCCAUUGGUUACCCGUCUUUCCUUUCAUUUACAAAAAAGAUUGGUGGAACAAUGGUUAUUAAUUAAACAAACACAAACAACUGAUGAAUAUGAACCUACAGAAGAAGAAUUAAUUGCUGAAAGUACAAUGAGUUUAUUAACAAGAGAAUGUUCCUAUUUUAUUGUUCAUUUUAUUCUUGGCGAAACAUUUUCACUUAAAAGUGCUAGAAGGGAUAUUCCUCUACCUAUAACUUUAAUAUCUAGAAAAUUAAUGGAAAAUGAGAAUGUUCGUUUAGCUAUAAUUGGUUUAUUAGCAAGAUUAAUUACCUGUCCAGAUUCCCAAGCUGUUGUAAAAUGUAUGCCGGCAGUUACGGUUAUUGUACAUGAAUAUUUUUCAACAUUUAAUGAACAUACAUCAAUAGAAUUACUUGUUCAAAGUAUCAAAAGUUUACAAAUGUUUUCAAAUGAUGAAUUAGCAACAGGCCCAUUAUUAGUUUUAAUUUAUGAUAUUUAUUCUUAUUUACGUCCAAAAUAUCCUUCAUUACUUGAAGUUAUUAAACAGGUCCCAACAUGUUUACCAGAAAAUAUUUCAACAUUUGAUACACGUAUAAUGUCAAUGUUACAACCUGAAGAUGCCAAAAAUUUUGAUAAAAUUAAAAAAGAUUUGGUUAGAAAAGCGUUGACAUCGACAAAAUCGCGACUUCACUACAGAAAAGCUUCAUCUGAAACAAAUGGAGGGGAUGAAGAAUUAAAAGAAAUGGAAUGAAUAGGGAGGUUUUAAUUUAUUUUCUUUUUUGAUAUUUUUAAGUUUUUCUUUUCUUAAUGUUAAUUGUUGAAAUUUUUUGUUAUUUAAAUAAUGAUUUUGGCGUUUAUCGUUUGCGCUCGCUUUUGAGUAAUUCUUAAGGGGGAAAAUUAUAAUUAGAAAGAUUUUAACUGAAGGGCCCGUAUACAGAACAAA